GCAGCAGCAGAAGAAGAAGAAGCAGAAGAAGAAGAAGCAGCAGCAGCAGCAGCAGCCCCGACUCCGCCCCAUUUGUGCACGGCGCUGCAAUGUCUACCCACGAUUCGGCCAACAUGAAGCUUCCACCUAUACAGUCCACGGCUGGAGCCGUACCGGUCCGGAAUGAGAAAGGAGAAAUCUCAAUGGAGAAGGUGAAGGUGAAAAGAUAUGUGUCAGGCAAACGUCCAGACUAUGCACCGAUGGAGUCAUCAGACGAGGAAGAGGAGGAUUUCCAGUUUGUUAAAAGGGGAAAGGAAAUUGAACCUGAGGUGGAACAGGAGGAAGAGGAUGUAUCUGACCCACGUCUAAAGCGUUUGCUCAACCGUGUCUCUGAAGACGUAGAGGAGAGGCUUGCGAGACAUCGACAGAUUGUGGAGCCUGAAGUUGUCGCUGAGAGUAGCGAAGACUCUGAUGAAGGGACGUGGCAUCCACAACGUGAGGAGAGCAGUGAGGAUGAAGAGGAGGAAGAGGAAGAAGUUGACGAUGAGGAAAUUGAGAGACGUCGUGCAAUGAUGCGUCAACGGGCUUUGGAACGCAAGACUGAAGAAAUGGAGGUCUUGGAGGUGGAGGAGGAAGGCAAAUCUGGGGAGGAAUCGGAGUCUGAGUCUGAGUAUGAAGAGUAUACAGAUAGUGAAGAUGAAGCAGAGCCCAGACUUAAACCAGUCUUCAUCCGCAAGAAAGACAGAGUGACAGUCGCAGAGCGGGAAGCGGAGCAGCAGAAGCAAAGAGAGCUGGAGGCCGAAGCCAAGAGGCAGCAGGAGGAACGGAGACGCUACACACUGAAGAUAGUGGAAGAGGAGGCUAAGAAAGAGUUUGAGGAGAAUCGGCGCACCCUGGCCGCUCUGGAUAACCUCGACACAGAUGGCGAGAACGAGGAGGAGGAGUAUGAAGCCUGGAAAGUUCGGGAACUGAAACGAAUUAAGAAGGACCGAGAAGCUAGAGAAGUGAUGGAGAAGGAAAAGGUAGAAAUUGAGCGAUUCCGGAAUAUGAAGGAUGAGGAGCGCAGGACUGAGCUCCGCAACAAUGGCAAAGUCAUCACCAACAAAGCAUCCAAAGGCAAAUACAAGUUCCUUCAGAAGUACUACCACAGAGGAGCCUUCUUUUUGGAUGAGGAGGACGAUGUUUACAAGAGAGACUUCAGUGCACCCACUCUGGAGGAUCACUUCAACAAAACCAUCUUGCCUAAAGUCAUGCAGGUUAAAAACUUUGGCCGGUCCGGACGUACCAAGUAUACUCACCUGGUGGAUCAGGACACCACGUCGUUUGACUCUGCGUGGGCUCAGGAAAGUGCUCAGAACAACAAGUUCUUUAAGCAGAAGGCAGCGGGAGUUAGAGACGUGUUUGACAGGCCCGCAGUGAAGAGGAAGAAGACAUAAAAUUCGUGUUCAUCGGUCCACUCAGCCCUUGCCUGGACUUUACGUUGUAUAAGAAAACAUUGUUUCAAUCAAUCUUAAAAGACUAAAUACAUUAAGAUGUUUGAAAAAUGAUGUGUAUUUUGACCAAUAAUGUUUAUUGUCCCAGAUGAAACAUACAACUGUCAGACUUGUUGGGGCAUCAACCGCAAAACUUGUUCUCCAUUUCUCAAGCUCUUUAAGAGCUAGUCAGUUAAAUGGGUCAAGAUGUGCAGUAAUUUUGUACAUAUUCACCAUGGUUUGACUGUGAUUUGCAAAGAUGUUUUCAUUGCUCUUCCAUCUUUGAGUUGUUUUUUUUUUUUUUUUAAAUAAAUGUAUUUUCACAAUUUAAAA